AUGUUUCUCAAAGUACAGUUGCCCUGGAAUGUUUUAGUCCCAGCUGAAAGCCUGGGACCGAUGCUCCAAAGAUCAAUCGUACACCACCUGCUUGAAGAUUUUGCUCAAAGAAAGGCAGCCAAAGAUGUUGGGUACUACGUUGCUGUCACAUCUGUGGACAGCAUAGGAGAUGGCAGAGUGAAGCAGGGAACUGGGGAGGUGGAGUUUCCAGUUCUUUUCAGCGGCACCACCUUCAAGCUUUUCAAGGGAGAGGUCUUACUGGGUGUUGUUCAGGAGGUGCUGAGAUAUGGAGUUUUCUUGCAAUGCGGUCCAGCUGAAACUGUAUUUCUCUCUAACAAGAAAAUGCCGGAUUACCGAUACGUGCUUGGAGACAAUCCAAUGUUCUUGAAUGACAAGCUAUCGUCUAAGAUUGAAAAAGACGUGGUGGUUUGCUUCGUUGUCAUCGGUACUCAAUGGCUUCCAGAAAAGAGGGAAUUUCGUGCUGUGAUUGGUUUGGACGUUGAUUAUUUAGGACCAGUUUCUUAA